AUGAUCGAAGUGGAGGACGAACGGAUGCGCUUUUCUACACAUACGCUUUCAUCUAUCACAAGUUAUACGAAGAUGUCUGAACCGGCAGUAACUACUCCGCCAGCAAGUCCAACGCCGAAAGACGAUGAAGUGAAGAAAGCCGCGACAACAGCUGCGGCUAACACGAAGAAGUUCGAAGGCGAUGGACUUCCAUUUCGAGCCAAAUUAAUCGGAAUGGAAGAUUUAACUGUGGAUCGAGAUGAAAAAAUUUGUCUUGAUUCGAUGUUUAAAUUGAAAGCUGUUGUGCGUGCCCGUGGUGAACACAAACAACGAAUUCAAUUGAACUUAACGAUGACGACAGUAAAAAUCACCGAUGAGACUACUAAAGCACAAAUUGCUUGCCAUGAAAUUGAACGUAUAUCGUUUGUCGUAAUUGAUCCACGUGACACUCGAGCAUUCGGAUAUAUUUAUAACACAUCGGACGAUCGUCAUCAAUUUUGGGCUAUUAAAACGGAACGAGCUGCCGCAGCAACAGUACUGGCGUUGAAAGAACUUUUCGAGUUAGCUUUUGAGAAAUAUACGAAUGACGUCAAACUAAAAGAAAGCGAAAGCAAACCUGCAGAAACAACACCAAAUGGUGCUACAUCGCCAGUAUUGCCACCACAAGCUAAUGCAGGUUCGAUCAUUUCACCAUCAGCGGGAUCACUUCUGGAUGAUAAUUCAAUCUGGGAUACAACUCCGAGCCCAACGACGCCACCUACUCAACCUGUUGUUGUUGUUGCUGCUGCUAGCAGUGGUCUAGACUUAUGGGGUACAAACGACUCUACACCAGCUGUUGCACAGAAUCCGGCACCAAAAGCUGAAGAGUCUUUGGACAGCGUUUUUGGCGAUCUUUCUUUUACAACAACAUCGGCGCCAUCAACAACAACAACUACUACUACAAACUCAUUACUGGAUGCAUUUUCUACUCCCAUCACAACACCGCAAACACAAUUACCUAAUCUAUACGGCAAUUCCUUUGCUACACCUAUUCAAACAAAUCCAAUAAACACGAUGCCGAAUUAUCUUCAACCACAAACGCAGCAACAACGUCCAAUCACACCUACAUCAAUACUUCUUCAACCUCAACAAUCCCAAUUGAGUUCGAUGACUCCUUCGCCUAUCUCACCGACCCCUCCACCGCCGGUCACAAGUCCAUUUGCUGGCCUUGAUAUUUUAGGAGGCUUCAAUCCCGGGGCAACAGCUAAAACUACCAAAGAAUCAUUUUUCCCUUCAGCAGCACCCAAAACCAUACAGCAAAUGCAAAUAGAAAAGCAGCCAUAA